UGAUGGCCGAGUUAUCGCUUAAGCAUUGUCAACGUAUAAAUGUUGUUGUUAAAGGUUUUAGUGCUUGGAUGGGCUUUAACGGUCGUAGAAGGCCUUCAAAAGAUUAAGCUUAUAAAACUAAAGCCUAAUAAUGAGGACAAGAAGAUACCCUUAACAGUGCAGGUUUCAGCACUUGCGGAAAAAUAUACAAGUUAUUUCUUAAAAAAUACAGAUAAAUCCCAUAUAGUAAAUAAGGAGAAGCCAGAAGAUAAUAUACAUGAAGUAUCUCUGACUAAUUUUUUUAAUGCACAAUAUUAUACACAUAUUGAAAUUGGAACGCCUCCGCAAACAUUUAGAGUAGUAUUAGAUACAGGAUCAUCUAAUUUAUGGAUUCCAUCAUCAAAAUGUACAUCUAUAGCAUGUCUUUUACAUAAAAGAUAUGAUUCAUCUUUAUCAUCAUCAUAUAUUGCAAAUGGAUCAGAAUUUCAAAUCCGAUAUGGCUCAGGUAGUUUAUCAGGAUUUAUAAGCCAGGAUGUACUAUAUGUUGGUGAUCUUAUUGUUCAUUCUCAGGAUUUUGCAGAGGCGGUUUCAGAACCAGGGCUUUCCUUUACAUUUGGGCGAUUUGACGGGAUUCUUGGACUUGCAUAUAAAUCUAUUUCUGUUAAUGGCGUUGUUCCUCCUUUUUAUAACAUGAUUAAUCAAAAGUUAAUUGAAGAACCUGUUUUUUCAUUUUGGAUUGGAACUAUUGAAAAAGAUAUUGAAGGUGGAGAAUGUGUAUUUGGCGGAGUUGAUCCAAAUCAUUUUGAGGGUCCUAUAACAUAUAUUCCAGUACGUAGACAAGCUUAUUGGGAAGUCACUUUAGAUGCUUUUUUUUUUGGAAAAGACAUGAUCGACCUUACUAAUACAGGCAUUAUUUUAGACACAGGAACGAGUUUAAUUGUGAUGCCGUCAGACGUUUCGGAACUUUUAAAUAAUGCAAUUGGUGCGACUAAAUUAUGGACUGGUGAAUAUAUCAUUGACUGUAACAAAACAAGUGCUUUGCCUGAUAUUACGUUUCGUUUAGGUGGACAUGAUUUUUCAUUAUCACCUGAUGAUUAUAUUUUGAAAGCUCAAGGAAUGUGUUUAAGCACAUUUAUAGGAAUGGAUAUUCCCCCGCCUGCAGGUCCUCUUUGGAUCAUUGGUGAUGUAUUUCUUCGUAAAUAUUAUUCUGUCUAUGAUCUAGGGAAAAAUCGAGUAGGUCUUUCUAAAGCAAAAAGGAGACAAUUUUAAUUAUCUACAAAUCAAUCAAAUAUAUGUAUUUGUUUCUAUGCUAUAU